AUGGGGGCUCCAGAAAUAAGAAUGUCUAAGCCCCUGGAGGCCGAGAAGCAAGGUCUGGACUCCCCGCCAGAGCACACAGACACUGAACGAAAUGGACCCGACACUAACCACCAGAACCCCCAGAAUAAGACCUCCCCGUUCUCCGUGUCCCCAACUGGCCCCGGCACCACCAAGAUCAAGGCUGAAGACCCCAGCGGCGACUCAGCCCCAGCAGCACCCCCGCCCCCCCAGCCGGCUCAGCCGCAUCUGCCCCAGGCCCAGCUCAUGCUGACGGGCAGCCAGCUCGCCGGGGACAUACAGCAGCUUCUCCAGCUCCAGCAGCUGGUGCUUGUGCCGGGCCAUCACCUCCAGCCCCCUGCUCAGUUCCUGCUGCCGCAGGCCCAGCAGAGUCAGCCAGGCCUGCUACCGACGCCAAAUCUAUUCCAGCUACCUCAGCAAACCCAGGGGGCUCUUCUGACCUCCCAGCCCCGGGCCGGGCUGCCCACGCAGGCUGUGACCCGCCCCACGCUGCCCGACCCGCACCUCUCGCACCCGCAGCCCCCCAAAUGCUUGGAGCCACCCUCCCACCCCGAGGAGCCCAGUGACCUGGAGGAGCUGGAGCAGUUCGCCCGCACCUUCAAGCAACGCCGCAUCAAGCUGGGCUUCACGCAGGGUGACGUGGGCCUGGCCAUGGGCAAGCUCUACGGCAACGACUUCAGCCAGACGACCAUCUCCCGCUUCGAGGCCCUUAACCUGAGCUUCAAGAACAUGUGCAAACUCAAGCCGCUCCUGGAGAAGUGGCUCAACGACGCAGAGACUAUGUCUGUGGACUCCAGCCUGCCCAGCCCCAACCAGCUGAGCAGCCCCAGCCUGGGCUUCGAUGGGCUCCCGGGCCGGAGACGCAAGAAGAGGACCAGCAUUGAGACAAACGUCCGCUUCGCCUUAGAGAAGAGUUUUCUAGCGAACCAGAAGCCUACCUCAGAGGAGAUCCUGCUGAUCGCGGAGCAGCUGCACAUGGAGAAGGAAGUGAUCCGCGUCUGGUUCUGCAACCGGCGCCAGAAGGAGAAACGCAUCAACCCCUGCAGCGCGGCCCCUAUGCUGCCCAGCCCCGGGAAGCCGGCCAGCUACAGCCCCCACCUGGUCACACCCCAAGGGAGUGCUGGGACCUUGCCGAUGUCCCAAGCUUCCAGCAGUCUGAGCACAACAGUUACUACCUUAUCCUCAGCUGUGGGGACGCUCCACCCCAGCCGGACAGCCGGAGCGGGUGGGGGCGGGGGCGGGGCCGCGCCCCCCCUCAAUUCCAUCCCUUCUGUCACUCCCCCACCCCCGGCCACCACCAACAGCACAAAUCCCAGCCCUCAAGGCAGCCAUUCGGCUAUCGGCUUGUCGGGCCUGAACCCCAGCGCGGGCCCUGGCCUCUGGUGGAACCCUGCCCCUUACCAGCCUUGA